AAGAUAGGGUGAGAGAGGGUCACCUUGCCUAUCGAUAUUUGAUACAACAAAUGUAACGACCCAACUCUAAUUAAUAAUAACAAUGUUAAUUAGAGACACCAUUUAGAGAAAAAGUCAAGAAUCUUUAGUUAUUUAAUCAACCUGGUCUAGUAAGAAAAAAAACAAAAAGUCAGAACAAUUCCUUCCAACUCUCUUAUCUACCAACUCAAGUUUCUACUCCUUUAAUCCUUCAAAAGAAAAACCAAUGCAUGUUAGCCCUUUUCAAUAUCACCCAAGGAAGACCCAAUUUCAGUUAUAGCUUCUUCUAUCCCUCACUUUUGUACGAGAAUCCCAAACUAAACCCCUAAAUUCAUGUUGUUCAAAUUCUAACUUGUAUGCACAAAUUUCUUAUGGGUUUGAGCUUUUAGGUGUGUAAGAAUCAAAGUAAGUGACUAUUCCAAUUUCUCUUUCCAUUUUCCAUGGCUUAGCCGAAAUGGGUUUGUUGGGAGAAAGGGAAAAACCUCUGUUUUUUGCUUUUCUUGGAAAUGAAGGGCUGCAUAUAUGUAUGUUUAAGGAUACAAGAGGCAGAUUGGAGCUUCGUUUAAAGAAUUGUAGGAUGGUGAUGAUGUCUUUUGAUAGUGUACAACUUGUAGCUUCUAAAUCUUAAGAAGUUAAUGACUGGAUGUUUGAAGCUAAGAGGAGUUCAUGCAGAAAAAGUUUGCAUCUUUGAGUAAUCAUCAUUAAGUUCAUCAUCAACCAUAUCAGAUAAACAGGUUGCAGUGUAGAGAGCUAUGGACUAGAAGAAAUGAAGUGGAAUUGGAUGUUAUUGUCAUUGUUUAUUUGUAUAUUCUAUUAAGUUGUUGUAUAAGUUAGUGUCAUAGUAUUGACUGUUUAUUUACGGCUCUGAUGUAAGUUUUAAGUUACAUUAUGACAGGAAUGUUAUCAUUCAGUUUAGUCGAUACUUGUAUAAUGACAAAGCUUUUUUAUGCAUUAUGGGUAUAUACAACGAGUUUAAUUCAGUAAUGUUAACAUAUCCCGAUCCUUUUAUUUACUUCUCGGCUAAUAUUCUAGACAAAUUAGCUGGAGUGUUAUAACAAAAAUGAUAAUGUCAAAUAAAAGACAACGAGGAGGCCAUUUCCAAAUAUAAAAAGCACGAAUGUUUUAUAAAUUAUUUUUCUUCAUAAUAAAUUUAUUAAUUUUAAACUGUAAUAAUAAAAUUUAUUCUACUUUUUAUAUAUUAAUAAUAAUAAUUGUUAUUUUUGAUAAUUUAUUAUUAUUAAUAAUCUGAAGUUGUAAGGAUUAUUUUAUAUUGAAGAUUUUGAAUUUUUAUAAAUAAAUAUAAUUUUUGAAUUGAAUAUAAAAGGAAAAAAGGGGUCGGAACCCUAGGGUUAGGCGCGGAAGAACAUUAAUCAGAGUAGAAAUCAUGUCAAUCGAACAAAUGUCAAUCGAACAAAUUCAUUUGCAGUACCGCCUCCUUACCGGGAAAUCUUACCCUGGUUCUGUUGCGAUUCCUUUUGAGAAAUUCUCCUCCUCCACCUACUCCCUCUUUUAACGUUCCCCAAAGACCCUAUAAGCCUCAACCUUGUAUCAUACUCCCACAUCCACGCAUUCCAGGGGUUUAUGUUGCUGGAGAUCAUGAUGAUGAUGAUGAUCAUGAAUCCCGCUUCCUUUAUACUAGAAAUCUCGUACCUGGUGUUAAAUCUUUCGACCAAGACGUGGUUUUCUCUGUUCAGGAUGAGGAUGGUGGCACAGUGGAGUACAGAGAAUGGGAUCCAUUUAAAUCCAGAUUGGCUGCUGCUAUUCUUUCUGGUUCACAAAAUAUAUGGAUUAAACCUGGUUCACGUGUACUCGUAGUCCGCUCACGAGAUGAUGCACAGUUUGGAAUCACAAUAUCACAUAUCUCUGAUAUUGUUGGCCCUCAAGGCAUGGUGUAUGUAGUAGAGGAAUCCAAUGGCAACUCUCUUCUAGACAUGGCAGACGAAAACAAACGGUUCAAUAUUGUACCAAUUGUUUAUACUAGUCCGACUCCAUGGCAAUACCGCAUGCUGAUUAAUAUUGUGGAUGUACUGUUUGCUGCUCUUGAUCGUCCAAUACAGGUCCAUGCGGCAUAUUCAAAUGCUAUGUUUUUUCUUAAAACUGGUGGACAUUAUAUGCUUUAUGUCCAGGGCAAUUGCAUUGAAUCAACAAACCGAGGUGAUGGUGUGUUUAGUUCCCUGACCGAAGGGCAACAGGUUCAGUUCCAGCGAAUGGAGCGAGUCACUUUGGAACCUUUUGAUAGAGACCAUGCGUAUGUUAGUGGUGUUUUUCGCACGUUGGAGAUUGCUAAGAUUGAUCAAAGUUGUCUAGUGAGCGACGAGUUUUGGACAUCAAAAAAAUUACAUAGGAGUCCUGAGGGGCGUAUUUGUCUUUAUGAACAGCUUAAGAACCUGCCCGUAUAUUUGUUGUUUGAAUCGUCAUGCGGAUACCUUGUCUUCCGAGCUCUUGACGUGUAUAACGUUGAGAGAAAUUAUGUAGCCUCUGAGGUGUAUAUCAAAAGAUUUGAUGAAUUCUUUCAAUUAGUUGCUUGUCAUGCUUUUUUGUCUGAUGAGGAAGCUCUGAAGUACCUCACCGCUGACGGCAAUGGAUGAGCCGACCCUGCCUCUCAAGUAGGUUUUCAUUUUGACAGUCUGGACUUGGUAAUUUUCGGCAUCAAAGAAGAGGUUGUACAACAAAGCUUUCAUUUGAUAGGCCUACUUGGUAAUUUUCACCAUUGAAAACUAGAGAAAAAAUUAAUGUAUGGUUGCAGGUCAUACCUAUUAAAUUUUCAUACGCCUUUAAAGAUCAUUGAGGCUCUUGAAAGCAUUUGUUGAUUUUCGUAGAUGAAAGAAAGUAUAUAUAAAAUAAUAUGUAGAAAAAAUGAUACAAUUUCUUAGGGUUAUACUUUUUAAAUACACAAGUAUGCCCUUUUUAGGCCAAGACAUAUUAAUUACAAAUUUCCUAGAUAGCAGCAAAGCAAUGAUGACUUUUAAUAACAUCACUAGUAUCUUCAACAUCCCAAGUAAUUGAACUAAUCUUUCUUAUCCUACUGACCGCUAAUUAAUGAUAUAAAUAUUUCAAAAAUUGUUAAAGUUACCUUUGUAAUAUCCCAAGAGAUUAUAGUAACUCAUGCUAGCUAGCCUCGUAAUCACACUGUCUAUUUUUUUAUUUUUUUUUAUAAAUUGUUGUAUUUAGGCAGCAAUGCUUAUGUUGUUUGUAGACAGAGUGCCCAAGGAAUUGAUAGACUUCCUGCUUAAAUAUCUUCCACCAGCGAUGGAUGGUGGUGAACAUUGUUAUUCACUUGCACUUUUUAACCCAUUUACGGCGGAUGAAAUAGUAUGUAAAGCCAAAAUUGCUUGCUC